CUCUUCCUUAAUCCUUGGCCAUCGUAUAAAGUUGUCAUUUGCUGCCUUGUGCUACUGAACUAACAUGGCCCACCCAGCUUCAGAUGCCGCCAAACACCCCAACCCCACUGCUCACCCUUUCUCCAAGAUACGAUCGAAAUUUGAUCAUCUCGCAUCAGACUUAUCCCGUCUAGGUGUCGCCGUGAGCACAAGUAUCAACCCCAAUCAUCGACACGACGAAGCAUGGGAGCAGGAAGUAGACGCCAAACUGGAAAGGAUAAGGGAUCAGCAUAGGUUCAGAAGCUUUGCAGGGGAGAGAGAAGGGAACCUUGUCAAAUGGCAUGUCGACGGUCAUGAUUACUUUUGGGCCAUGUCUGAGAUGAUUGAUUCAGCCAAGGAUACCAUCAUGAUACUGGACUGGUGGUUGUCUCCCGAGCUACAGCUUCGUCGACCAGCAGCCAUAUUUCCAGAAUGGAGACUCGAUCGCCUGAUCAAACGCAAAGCCGAGGAAGGCGUGAGGGUAUAUGUAAUGGUAUACAAAGAGGUUACCGCUUCCAUGGCGCUCUCUUCCAAGCACACCAAGCAUGCUCUGGAAGAUUUGCACGAGAACAUCUCUGUCAUGCGUCAUCCGGACCACAGUGGAGGGGAGCUUGUGUAUUACUUCUCGCAUCAUGAGAAGCUAUGCGUCGUCGACAACAAGAUUGCCGCCAUGGGCGGACUAGACGCAUGUUACGGACGAUGGGACACCCGCAACCACCCUCUCUCCGAUGUGCACCCUACCCAGUUUUACAAGAGCUUGUUUCCUGGGCAGGACUAUAAUAAUUCUCGUAUCAUGGACUUUCAGACCGUAGACAAGUACACCUCUAAUGCCAUCGCCAUACAGGAUGCUCCAAGAAUGCCGUGGCAUGAUACUUCUCUGACUUUCAUCGGACCAAGUGUAGUGGAUCUAAUACAACAUUUCUGUGAAAGAUGGAAUUUUCACGAUCAUCACUUCGAGUGGCUUGCUUUGCCCACUCCAUGGGACGAUGUCAGAGCCCGGAAGGAUGAAGAACACAAGAUCAAGGAGAAUGAGUUCCGCAAGGAACACCCUCACAUGGCAGAAUGGAAAGAGCGUGGGCGACAGCUCGUCCAUCCAUAUCACUUUCACCCCUCAGAUGCACCCAGGGCGUCUGAGGCGGUCCCUUUUGGGACAUGCCGAGUGCAAGUGUGCCGAUCCGCCGCUGAUUGGAGUCACGGCGUUCUCAAAGAGGACAGCAUCCAGCAAGCAUACAUCGGGUUGAUCAGAGAGGCCAAUCAUUGCAUCUAUAUUGAGAAUCAGUUCUUGUACGUGAACAUUAGCCUGGGUGAUGACCUUCACUCAUACAGCAGCAUCUCCAGCGCCGUCCCUGAUGGUCAAGUGAAGAAUCAAAUCGCAACAGCUCUCGUGGAGCGAAUCAUAUCGGCUGCGAAGGACGGGCGCAAGUUUAAAAUCAUCGUGGUGGUUCCUGCACCUGGUGAUAUUAUGAGUCAGUCCGGCCUGAAGGCGAUCAUGGAAGCCCAGUACCGUACAAUCAACCGAGGCGGGGAGUCAAUCUUCGAGCUGGUCAGGAAGGCUGGUUACGACCCUACCGAAUACAUCUCCUUCUGGAAUUUACGGAGUUAUGACCGAAUCAACUCCCCGUGGGGCUUGAUUAGGGACAUGGAGCAAAGAUCCGGGGUCACGUUCCACGAGGCACAAGUGGCCCUUUCCAGGAUCUAUGUCGGCUCAGACGACUUGAAAGGUGAUGUCGAUGAAGUCGUCAACAUUGAGAAAGCCCAUGAUCAGGGAACAUCUGUGGAUCAGAUUGGCAAAAAGGACACAGUGGAGAAAGCGGUCCCGCUGCCGAAAACGGUGGACGAGGCAAAGGACAUCAUUCGACGUUUCGAGCGAGCGGCGCAGACUGACGAUAAGAACGUGUACGUAGUCUUCUGCCAGCAUGCCAUGCUAGACAAAACGUCUCUUUCUGACGAACAAUGGGAUGGUACCGAGGACGAGGAGCUUGGAUGCUUUGUGACGGAGCUGUGUUACAUUCAUAGCAAAAUUAUGAUCGUCGACGACCGAAGGGUCAUUUGUGGAAGUGCAAAUUUGAACGACAGAAGCCAAUGUGGUGACCGUGAUUCUGAGAUCGCCAUCGUCAUCGAGGACGAAGAUAUGAUCGAAACGGUGAUGGAUGGGAAGAAGUAUCUAGCCAGUCGAUUGGCGGCUACAUGGCGUCGAACAUUGAUGCGAGAACACCUCGGUCUUCUCCCACCUCAGGCGGCGUUCGAUUCAAAGACACAACCGACUCCAUCCAUGCACCCAGCCCCUGUUCCUCACGAAUACGACUUUGACUCUCCAGAAGAUCAAGCCGUCGCCGAUUUUCUCUCGGAUGACUUUCAAAACCUAUGGACGAAUACGGGACGUUCGAACCGCGCUGCAUUCGAAAACGUCUUUCGUCCGGUGCCGAACGACGAUAUCAAGAGUUGGGAAGAAUACAAGGCGUAUCUCAAGCCGCAGGAGGGUAUCACUACGGGUCAUGUGGCCAACAAGAGUUUGAGUUUGAAAGAGGUCAAAGAUGAGUUGAGUAAGAUCAGGGGACAUUUGGUGGACAUGCCGCUUGACUUUUGUAUUAAGGAGAAAUGGUUGACGGAGGGUAAUUGGCUUUCGGUCAAUCCCGUCACUUUGGCAUUAUAUGUGUAGUGAUCUGAUGUAUCUUGCGAAUUCUCAUGAGGUCGGAGCGAUCGCCUCUCAUC